AUGUUUCCUUUUAAUUCGUUAAAGGAUUUCUGGAAUCUAAAACCAAGGGAUGAUGGUGGAGCGGCGUUACGGAGUCAUAGGAAUAAUUUUGUUGUUGCAGAGGACGAUUAUCGACGGUCUCCCACCAAUCAGCAAAAGCAAGAUGUUAGAGAGGCGUUAAAGAGACAUGGUAAAAAUUUUGUUGCUGCUAAGCCGCAUACCAAUCAGCAAAAGCUUGAUGUUGAAAGGGCGUUAAAGAGACAUGGGAAUAAUUUUGUUGUUGUAGAGGAACCUUAUCAACGACCACGUUACUUUCCUAACCUCCCCAAACUCAACAAAGUUGCUGCUAUGCCUCGUACCAAUCAGCCGAAAGAUCUCAAAAUACCCUUCCAUAAACUAGGGAAGAACGACCUACAAUUGCGGAGGUUGCAUUCCAACUUAAGGAAGCCUAUAAAAUCAAACAUUAGUUUACACAAGUUUUCAAGAUAAGAAGAUGAAACCAUCCUCGGUUGAGUCACAAAAAUGAAUCUUUGGUGAGUCUUUAUAAUCAAGGGAGACAUGGACGAAUAAAAUCUAAAGUAAAGCUUCGGUUUUAUGGUUGUCUAUGGACUGUAUCGUUGAAAAAUGGUCUUAUCAUUACAAUUAGAAUUGUAAAAAAAAAAAUUAAUGCAACCACCUGUAUCUGGAUAUGAAUUAAUGACUAUAAGUCACAUAUCUACUCUCUUUUAUGUGCAAAAUUGUAAUGUACCCACCCAUAUUGUUCACCUAUAAAAGGAGAAGGAAUAAGGCAAAGCCGACAAGUAGUGGAAUGGAAAAUGACCUGGACAUAAUUUGAGACCAUAUGGGGGGACCAAGGGCAGAAUAGGGAUUAGCCCCAGAGCAAUCUCUAUUUAGGUAGUGGCGUGUGCAUGUUGAGAGGCAG